AUGCGGCCCCUGGUCCUGGUGCUGCUGCUGCUGCUGGCGGCGGCGGGCCCGGCGGCGUCCUGCGAGGCGGGCGGCAGGCGCUACUCGGCGGCCGCUGCGAGUGCACGGCCCGGGGCCCCGCCUGCGCCCGCGCCCCCUGCCCGGCCCUGCCGCCUGCUGCCCCCGCUGCGAGCACCGCGGCCGUGUUACGGGCUGGGCCAGCGGUUCCGGCCCUCCGAGUAUGAGCAGUGCAUCUGUGACCCGGAUGGCAUCGCUCGCUGCCUGGUGGCCGACUGCGCCCCCCCGCCCUGCGUCAACGCCGUCUACGAGACGGGCCACUGCUGCCCCACAUGCCAGGAUGGUCCCAACUGCUACGUGGACUGGAACCGGAUGCGUGUCAUGCCCGCUGGAGAGGCUGUCUGGGUGGAGCCCUGCACCCGGUGCCGCUGCCACCAUGGCCAGGACAUAGGCUACUGGGAAGGCAACCGAAUGGCCAAGUGUGAAUGGCUCCGUAACUGCCACCUGCCGGACCGGCACAACUCCUGAGCACCCCCCCCGCCCAAGCUGGGCCACGGAGCC